AUGUCAGUAUUUUAGUAUGACACACGCGGUCGAACGGUUAAGACGUGCGUAAGCAAUAAAAUUGCCGCGAAUUAAAAACAAAUAAAUCGAAAUUUAAAAUGUUUAAUUAAGUACACCCAAAAAACGCGUUUAUAAACGUUAUUUUUAUGUUGGUGUCAUUUUAUUACGUGUUAUUGUGCUUGCCGAAAGGAAUUAAUAAAAUAAAUUGGAGUAAACAGAAGGGAUAAUAAGCAUUUUGGAUUUUUAAAUCAACAAAGUUACAAAACGGUGAACGGAAUCAUGUCUGAAAACAAUAUAAACUUCACAGACGACGUCACGACCAGCGCGGAGCCCAGCGAACUAUCCAAAUUUUCACCCGGCUUAUUGACGUUUGCAGCUAUAGCGACUGGCAUCAUUAUGCUUAUCGGCUUAUUUGGUAACCUGCUCACCGUGGUCGCGCUGCUCAAAUGCCCUAAAGUAAGAAAUGUGGCAGCAGCCUUUAUUAUAAGUUUAUGUAUAGCUGACUUCUUGUUCUGCGCCAUGGUAUUACCGUUCGCCAUAUCCGGGUUCUGGACUAGAACCUGGUCUCAUGGGGUCGCCCUCUGCAAGCUAGUACCGUUUCUCCGAUACGGAAACGUCGGCGUAUCCUUAUUAAGCAUAGCGCUUAUAACUGUCAACAGGUACAUUAUGAUAGCUCACCACAGUUGGUACGGCCGCGUUUACAGAAAACACAACAUAGCCUUGAUGAUCCUGUUCUCGUGGAUGUUCUCGUAUGGAAUGCAGAUACCUACUCUCAUUGGAAUUUGGGGUCAGUUCGACUACGACCCCGAAUUGGGAACUUGCUCAAUAGUUCCAGACGAAUUUGGACGUUCUUCAAAAACAGCACUCUUCGUGAUCGCGUUCAUAGUUCCCGCUUUGCUAAUCUUGAUAUGCUACGCUAGAAUAUUCUGGGUCGUACACAGCUCAGAGCAAAGAAUGCGUGAACAUCAAAGAUCCCAACACAGCAAUCCGGGAACAUUAAACAACAGCACCGUAGACAAAAGAUCCACGAUCAAAGACAACAGAGAGACUAAGGCGAGACGAAAUGAAUGGAGGAUCACAAAGAUGGUCUUAGCUAUAUUCCUGUCUUUUAUUGUUUGCUAUUUGCCUAUUACUAUUGCAAAGGUCACUGAUGCUCACGUACAUUAUCCAGUAUUCCACGUAGCGGGCUACUUGCUACUGUACGCAAGCGCAUGCGUGAACCCGAUCAUCUACGUGAUAAUGAACGCGCAGUACCGCGCGGCGUACGCGGCUGCCCUGUGCUGCCCUCUGUCCCGGCUCUCGGGCCUCACCAGCGGUGCGUAUCCUUCCUCGCCCGCAUGCCAACACGUCAUCAGGAAGACGGACCAGAAAUGGAACGAGCGUCACGGGUACAGCUUCAGCAACACACGAACGGCGCUCAGCCAAGUGUCACUGGGCGAGUCGAGAGCAGACCCUCGACCGGCCCCGGACACGUCCGUCCGUGGCUCAAGGUAGACGACGACUCACCCACCGGGACCAGGCCGCACGGCUCGCCACUGAACAAAAAAAGAGACGUCGGACCCAAGGUCACCAGAUUCCAGAUCGUGAACCACGACCCAAGGAAGGAGCAGACGAAAGUUUAGCAGCCUGUCGUUCGUUGUAGAACGUGCCAAAGAUUUUACAACAUUGACUUGUUUUGACCAAAUACUCAUUUAAUAUUUAAUUUGUAAUAUGAAAUCCAUAUACGAUUUUUUUAAAUUCUAGACUAUAUAAAUGUUCCGUCCUGUAACGAACGACAAGGUAUCUAAGAUAUUAUACAAGUUAAAUUAAUUAAACAAUAAGUGGAGAGUAAUUUAUAAUGAUAAUUUAUGUAUAGUUAAACAGGUGCCCAUCUUAAUAAUUUAUAACAUUUUCUUUUUAGUUUUAGUUGUGCGUAACUGUCUUCCGAUAGUGUUUUAAUUUUACUUUGAAUAAGACAAAAUGGUUGUACUCGCAUCAGUUUAAGUUUAUUUUUAUAACAUUCCAUUCACAAUUCACUCAUAAAUAUUAAGUGGAUUAUCUAUAGUCGGAUUUUUUAUUAGACGAAGUCAACUGACGUUUACUGUGUUGUCAGUUUUUGAUGAAAUAAAAAUAGUGUUGUGACAAAGUGAACGUACGAAAAAACUCCUGAAUUAAUGAAAUUGCCUCGAUUGUCUAGUGAAUAGUUGGUGUGCCGAAUUGCCGAUAUCGGGUACGGGGUUCGUAUUUUAGGCGUGCUUUGUACAUACCAACGAGUUUUCGACGAAAUAUUAUGUUCCUGUAGUAUCUACCUGUACUGAAUACCGAGUGUUUUAAACAUUAAGAAAAACAUUGCGAGGAAGCUUGUAAGACUGUCCUAUUUCCAAUACAUCAUAUAGUUGAAAUUAUAGACGUAUAAAAUAUAACAAUUGAGUCGUCUAUUAUCAAAGGUGGCAAUCUGUGCAUUUGGACAAAAAAUUUUUAUUGAUAUGUCAAUACAGAUUUAUUUGAAUAUAAUCGUCUCCUUCAAAGAAUACGGUUCAAAACCUGCAUUAAAUAAAGGUUAAUAGUUAACCUGUUAUUUAUCUAAGACGUCGUUCCGAAGAGUUUUGUGACUGCCAAUGGAAUACAAAGUCAAUAAUUCGUUUUUCUGAUUUACCAAUCAUUGUCCAAAAGUCAGAUUGCCGCCUUUGAUAAUAGUCGACUCAAUUAUGGGUAGGUAAUGAAAAUAAAAAAACUGAUACUACUAGUAACAUAUAUUGGAGCACUUUAAUACAAUUUUAUUGUAAAAUAUAAAUAAUAUUCUUUUAGAGUUUGAAAUUAAUGAUUAACUCUUCACACUCAUUGUUCAUUCAUGUGAUUGAACGAGAACUGAACGCAUCACUAUUACUUUAAAUAUAGCAACAUUAUUUCACAAAGUGACAUUAGCUACUGUCAGCUGGCUUCGUCUAAUUAAAAAUCCGACUAUAUGCAAUUCACGCAUAAUUCACGUAGUAGUGAACCUGCCAAAAAACGUUGACAAAUGACAUUUUGAUUAACUUUAAAUGUACGGUAGAGGUAUAUGUUGAAUAAAAAACAUUUAUGUAUGCUAUAUCUUGCUGGCAAUUCUAAUUUGUUUAUUUCUGCCAGUGUCAAAUCAGAAUAUUUUUUUAGAUUUUUUGGCCUGGUAACGAGAUCUUUAAGUCAAAUUAUCCUUUCUUAUCAAUUGCUGUUAAAAUAUGGAAAAUAAAGUGAAAUGAAAUCAAAAUAAGUUGAUUAUUUUGAUAUUUUAAUAAAUUUGGAUGAAAUUAAAUGAAACGAGAUGAGGUGGGAUGAAAUAAAAUAUAGUCUCAGUAAAAUGAUGAUUUUUUUACUGAUACUUUUUCAGUGAACUUUUUGGUAGAACCCGAGAAUCUUCGUCCAGCGACUUUACACAUUUAAACUUGAAAAAACAAUAAAUGACAAAAAAAAAAAACUUCGCUCCUCGCGUUGCCGCCAAAAAGUUCUCAUAGAAAGAUCAAAACUUAUGUAGUUACCUAAUUGAGGUUGUUUUUAAUUAUUCCAUUUUUGAAAAUUCAUGGAGAGAUGUUUACAAAUUUUAAAUCAUAAACGUCUGAACAGCUAAAUAAAUUAACAGGAUUACUUUUAUUACAUUCCAUUUUAUUAUAAAUAAAUAAGUAUGUACAUUUUAAAAAUAGUGUCUAAUGAAAUACAUAUUAUUAUAAUUAUUGUUUUUACCAAAGAAAAUGUAGAUAGUUGAGAAGUAAGAUAAAAUAUGUAUGAUGUACGUGUUAUUUAAUAUAACUUAUGUCCACCAGUAUUUUUUUGUAACAUAAUUUGAUAGAGGUUAAAUUAGUUCUGCCAUAAUAACUAAAACUUCAAAUUCCAAUACGUUUACGUGCUAACACAAUUAAUGAUGCAAUAUAAAAAGAUGUAAUGAAAUUUUUGCCUAGGUAUUAUAUUGUAUGAGAAUUAAAUUAUUGCACACUGC